AUGGGCGAAGCGCUGGCUGAGAAGCUAGCCAAAGGCGCCUCCGAGCUACGCUUUCUGCUAACUCAGCACAAGGUAGCUGACGAUAUCCAAGGAGAGCUCUAUGAAAACGGUGUUGCGGACCUCAAGAAGAUGCUAAAAGACUCCUUUAGCAUCGAUCCCACGGAGUCGCUAAAGCUUCGCACCCAAGCCGCGGGAAUGGUGGUCGCUUGGAAAACCGCUAUCUCCCGAGUGGAGCGGCAGGCAGAAGCUGAAGCUACACACGAGGUGCGAGACAUCGCUAAGCCCAUCCUUAGCUCGGACUAUAUCUCUAUGCGGCAAGCCUUUUCCGCUAAGUUCGGAGAGCUAGAGGAUAAGCACAUUCCCGCUAAAGAGUUCAUCGAGAAGAAGCAAGUGGACCCGGACACGCUACUCCCGCACUGGGACGCUAAGGGCACCCUCUCCUUGAAGAAGG